AUGUUUAAUUUGUUAGGUGGAGCGCAAAAGAAGUUUAACACUUUGCUGGAGCAAGUUGUACCUAAACAGGAAUCGGGAAGUCAAGAAGAGGGAACGAACACAGCUCCAGAAGAGACCACCCCUGAAGAAAGUGGUACUAGUUCAACAGCCUUAUUUUCGGGUAUAGUGCACUUAUUGUUCUUGUGAAUCCUAGUUUUAUUUUUUUAGAAACAUUUGGAAGUUAUCUACGAUUCGCCUCACAGAACUUGGAAAUUGCCCAGAAGAAUGCCGCCAAAUUGACUAACUUGGUGAAGGAAAACUUGGAUAAUGUAAGUAUCUAUAGUUGCCUUCCAUUAUUAUUCAUUUAAUUUUAAUAAAACAUGUUUUCAGACAAUCUUGGGACAGCUAACCGAAGAGCAAAAGUUAUUCGAAAAGCAAGUUAGUGCCUCUGUUGAUGUAGAUAUUCCGUUCCGUGAAGUGUUGGAACACGAUGAGGUCAAGAAACAGAUACUGAACUUGUCUCAAGAUCAGAAGGCCUUUCUCGAAGAUGCGCCGGUUGUAGACGAAGAGCUUACCAUAGCCAAGAUAGAAGCCAUGGCAGCAUUCUUCGUGACAUACGACCCCAGGAUUCUGGACAUACGAUUUGAAUUGGUACCGAAGAAGAUAACAGAAGAACGGUUUUGGAGAAACUACUUUUACAGAGUCAACCUGAUUUGCAAAGCCAAUGAAAAUAGUAUGCGCGAGAAGAAAGAAGCCAAAGAGGAGCAGGAAAAGGAAGUUGAAGUAGAGGAGAAAACAGAAGAAAAUGAAGAAGAAACAACCGAAGAAGAAAAGAAACCAGAAAAAGAGAAGGAUGAUGGUAGGUUUUAAUUGUUUAUGAUUAUAUCAUAAAACGAUAUUUUUACAAAAAUCAUAUUUUGCUAUAUUGUGAUGGUUUAGAAGAUUGGGAGUCCGAGUUCUUGAACGACAUGCCUGAUUACGAGGUGGUGAAGGACGGGAAGUCCGAGGAACAGUGGAACGAGGAGCUGGACGAGCUUCUUGACGAGUGUUCCGAGGAAAAGACCGCGUAA